CCCCUGCCGCGCGCCCUGCUCGGAGCCGCCGUGCCGAUGCCACGUGGGAAGCGGCGGAGUCGCCGUCGGCGCCGGGCCGGGAUUGCGGCCCCCCUGACGCUGGGAACGGCCCUCGCCGGGCGCCGGGAGGAGGGGAGGUCGCGGAGCCCCCGGGACCGCGCCGGGAUCGCCGAGACCCGAUGGGUGCUCGGCGCGGUGGCGCCCGGCUCGCGACUCGGCCUCCCGGGCCUAGAGGCGCUGGCGGCGGCGGCCGGGCCUAGGGGCGGCUCCCCGCCCUGGGCGGCGCCCUCGCUGCUCCAGGUGCCGGCGGCGGCCCAGCCGGCCCCGCGGAGGGACGGCAGCGACCUGCCCGCCGGCGCGCCGGCCGCCCUGGCUGUGCUGCGCCUACAGCCCGGCGCCGAAGGCUCGGCGCGGGCGGCGGCGGGGGCCGCGCCGCGCCUGCGGACCGUCUACGUGAACCCGCGCUGGCUGGAGCGGCAGGCCGCGCUCGGUGCGGCGGCGGCCGCUGCCAGCCCCUGCUCCGAGGCGGCGGCAGCGGCGGCGGCGGCGAGCGGCGCGUCUGGGGGCCCGGCGGCGGCGGCCGCGUCGGCGGGGCAGGGCGAGGCGGCGGCGGCGGCGGAGCCGGCGGCCACCCCCUACGUAGGGCUGCGGCGGCCGCUGGGCUACAAGCUGGCCAAGGCCACCAAGGAGCGGAUCUGGCGGGGGGAGUUCAUUGACCUCUUUUCCUUGCUCCACACAGAGCUGGCCCCCGAGUACGGCCCGCGCCCGGGGGACACGCUGGACCAGUGGGUCUCGGCCUUCUUGGUGUACGCCAGCGUGCUGUGCGAGAAGCACCCUGCGCGCUGCGGGGCCAUGUUCAAGUACCUGGACACCAUCCGGAAGCUGCAUGCCACCUACGGGGGCACCUCGUGGAUGAACUACGACGAGGACUUUAGGCGGCGGGCAGCCAAGGACCCCAACCUGCCCUGGGGUGAUGUCGACCUCGACCUGUGGAUGAAGUGGAUGGCACCCCUCAAGUCGCUCAUCCCUAGAAAGCCGCGUGCUGAGGUCGAGACGCAGGCCUCGCCGACACCACCACCACCAGCACCUGCACCCUCACAGAGCCCCAAGCAGGAGGAGAAAAGCCAGACUCCAUGAAAACAGAAGGCCAGUUGUGAUGGCAGUCAAACUAACUGGGUGAGUUUAUUUAUAAAACUGACUGACUUUGGAUUUUACAUACCUGCAGAUUUGUUAAAUACAGAAUUUUUUAUUGGUGCCAACAGCCUGACUCCGUUGGUGUUUAAGUGGAGCUCUGGUAUACUAGUGCAUUCUUUUACCUCUGCUUCUGUUGCGUUGCAAGCUGUGCUAGAGAAGACGUAGGAAAUUCAUUUUACCCAAUCAGCAAUUGUAACAAUGGACUACAAACCUGCAGAGCAAGCCAGUUUGCUGGAAAACAGGAAUUCCUGCAGCGCAGCACUUGUCACAGACUAUCCAAAGAGGGCAAAGAUUCAGGAAGGUGAAUAAAUUGAACAUUGGUUGAAUGAGGUCAGGAGCAGUCUCCCGGAGGAGAAUCCUGCCCUAAAAUACUGCUUUGAAAGUAUAAGCCAAUUCAGUGCGCAGAUUAACCUUUCUCAUUUGAGCAAACUUGUGUGCAAUCCUGGAUCUUUGCAGAUCACAACCGGACACUUCAAAAACCUAUGUACUAUAUUUGUUAAAAAAAAGUAAUAAAUCAUAACUUGUCUUGUUACAGCUGUUACUUUUACCAUUUCAUUGAGAAUAUAUGCAACAUAAAUGUAUAUUUGACUUGAAGCAGUAUCAUACACUUGGUAAAAUAACUCAGGUUAUCAACAGAACUAUUCUGUGGGGCUCAAUAUUGCCUCUCCAUUCUUCUCGGUAAAGUGCAUUAACCAUUGCUGUCAUUGCCAGAAAUCAGUUCUAUCUAUCUCAAUUGUUCAUUACAAAAUUCUUGGUCAAAUAGAAUAAUUUAGAAUAAAUUAUUCUCUGUUUUUAUCCUCACAGAACGCUUAAAGAUCCUGAGCAUCAGACUAGACUUUUGUAGUCUGAUGUUCAUGAAAACCAUGUUCGCUGGUUCACAGUUUAAUCAUUCUACAUCUCAGUAUUUUGUUUUGCUUUUCCCUUGCAUACUAGGGAGUAUGAUGAAGGUAAUACUAUGAUCCAGUAAUGCGCAUGAUGGUAAGGGUAUACCUUUAGUUGUUUCAGGAAAAAGCUGCCGUUACCUGCUCUCUUUUUCCUUUCUUGAUAGUUUCAAUAAUAUGCAUAACACGAAGUGUUUGUAAAUUGAUAAUUAAACUGUUUGUGACAUCACCUAAAUAAAUUUUUAUAUAUAAAUACAA